AGGAACAAAGAAAUAAUGACUCAUAUUCUAGUCGAACCAAGUUAUUGGUCAAUCGUUCUCAAUUUUCUGGCCCAAAAAUAUUUUAUGGAUUCGCAUGCCACAUGCAUUUUGUGGCAUCCUGCAUUUGACGUACGGAUGGAUGGAAGCCUGCCUCUGAUAAUUAUGGACUCGCACAAGUGGAUAGAUGUAGAGGAUGAUGUCUACGAUUAUGAGAGUAGGCGACGCGAGUUUGAGAUGAAUGGUAUCGCCUACAACGAUUGGAUACUAAGGCUGACGGUUGCCAUUGAACAUUCCCAUUGCGAGACAUUUCUAGCAUUUCAAGAGCAGAUACCGGAUUUUGCUCGGUUUUUCUAUAAUGCCAGCAUUUACUCGAUUUGGCGCUCGCUGCGGAAUCGGUUUAUUUUUGCCUACACAGAUGAGCUACUGGAGGAUAAGGACAUUCUCCGAGGAUACAUAUUUUACGAUCAACCCAAUGUUUUAGUGGUCAGAUCCCCAUAUCUGAAUUCGAGCAUCUUUGACAUCAAAACAAAUCGCUUUGUGGGCUCGCGAAACUUUGACGACAGACCGAUUGAAUUCUAUUUACUGCAACGCUAUGACGCUCAGAACAGGGAAAUUAUUUGGGAAAGUGGCAACACAAUGUCCAAAAAGCUGAAGGAUCUACAGGGUCGUGAAGUUGUCAUUGGAAUCUUCAAUUACAAGCCAUUCAUGUUGCUGGAAUAUGAAAGGCAGCCGACUGUUUACGAUCGCGCUCAAGGCAAGACGGAAGUUUUCAUCGAUGGCACCGAAGUGCGUCUGAUGAUGCUAUUCUGUGAACUCCACAACUGCACUAUCCAGGUUGAUACAACUGAGACGGGCGACUGGGGAGGCAUCUAUUCAAACGGCACGGGCUAUGGUCUUUUAGGAAUGGUGCUCGAUAGACGGAACGACUAUGGCAUUGGGGGAUUGUAUUUUUGGUAUGAAGCUUAUCAAUUCAUGGAUAUGACCCACUUUAUUGGUCGUUCUGGGGUCACCUGUCUGGUGCCAGCUCCCCAUCAUUUAAUCAGCUGGACCAUGCUUCUACGACCAUUCCAGCCCAUGCUUUGGCUGUGUGUGAUGGUCUGCCUGCUGCUCGAGAUACUGGGCCUUUGCUUGACCCGUCGCUUUGAGCAUUGGACGCGGGCACAGACCUGGGUCGAAAGUCUACGGUUUGGCUUCGGCAGUGCGCUAAAACUAUUCGUCAACCAGAGCACCAGCUAUAUAACCAGUUCGAAUUCACUGCGAACCGUUCUCUUGGCCAGCUACUUGAUUGACAUUAUUCUGACGACCGUCUACAGUGGCGGACUGGCGGCUAUUCUGACUCUGCCCACUAUGGAGGAAGCGCCCGACUCUCGGCAGCGUCUCUAUGAUCAUAAACUUAUCUGGACUGGUACAUCACAGGCAUGGAUCGCCACGAUCGAUAAGCGGUCAGCUGAUCCAGUUCUCCUGGGACUUAUGGAGCAUUAUCGUGUAUCCGAUGCCGCCCAGAUCUCAGACUACGCCCGUUCGGAGCAGAUGGGAUUUGUUGUGGAGCGCUUGAUGUAUGGGCACGUGGGCAAUACAGAGUUGAUUGCCAACGAAUCAUUGGAACGAUUAAAGCUUAUGGUCGAUGACAUAUACUUUGCCCUCACGGCGGCAUUUGUGCCACGACUGUGGCCCCAUCUGGAAGCCUACAACAACUUUAUUAUGGCCUGGAUCUCCUCGGGCCUGGACAAAUUCUGGGAGUGGAAGAUUGCCGCCCAAUAUAUGAACGCUCAUCGGCAGAAUCGCAUACUUGCCUCCCAGAGGCUGAACCUUGAAAUCGGUCCCGUUAAGCUGGGCAUCGACAACAUCAUUGGCCUGAUCAUGCUUUGGUGCUUUGGCCUGAUAUGUAGCUUGCUGACAUUUGUGGGGGAGCUAUGGCACCACAAGCAAGUGAAAAUGCCAGUACCUUAAGUAGUUUUGGGUUAAAUUAAUACGAAUGAAUUGUUAAAUUUGGUUUGUUUUUUAGAUUUGCUUAGCUCGUGCCAGACGUGGAGGCCAAGUAAAUUUUGCAACCAUGUAAACACAGAAGUAAAAAAUCAUAAAAAAAAGUU